AUGGCAAUGAUCCGUGUAAACACCUUGCUCAAUUAUACCGAACAUAAUAUGAAACGCUACGAAGCGGCAAAUAUCACCACAGUCAACAUCACUUACGAUCUAGCUACCUUAAUAAACAUUUGCGCCAAAAAAUCAGCGAUAUACAAACUGGUUAUCAGCUACAUGAAGAAAAUCACCUUGCACAUUUGUGUGUUGAGCUAA